AUGGCGGAGAGGCUGGCUAAAAGCAACAGACCCAACAAGACCGUAAACAAUGUCUACGAACAGUGGUCCGAAGGCGGCUGGGGUUGUAUUCUGACCGGCAAUAUUCAAGUGGAUAUUAACCACCUAGGCGACCAUUUUGACGUUGCGCAUGCCGAGCAUACCAGAGAUAAAGCACUGGUCACGGAAUGGAAAAGUUACGCUGCCGCCUGUCAGAAGCACGGCACGCCGGCCAUUGCGCAGAUAUCACACCCUGGCCGACAGUCGAUGCGUGGGGCAGGUCAGCGUGGCAUGUUUGCAUCGACAAUCGCACCGAGUGUAGUACCUAUGAAUGUAGGUACCAGUUUAAUGGACCGGAUCACUUCUCGUGUGAUUUGGCCCAAUCCCCGAGAAAUGACGCGGGCAGACAUCGACCAGGUCAUCGAGCGCUUUGUCAACACGGCGCGGCUGAUGUCCGAUUCAGGAUUUUCAGGAGUGGAACUCCACGGUGCACAUGGAUACCUAAUUGAUCAAUUUCUGGGGCGCAAGACGAAUCUCCGCACCGAUGAAUACGGUGGUACCCCCAAGAAGCGCGCGCGUUUAGUGCUCGACAUCCUCACGAGGAUCCGCAACGUGGUGCCCCAAACCUUCUGCGUCGGUAUCAAACUCAAUUCUGUUGAUCACAGCACCGCCGAUUUCGAAGAAACCAUGGUCCAGAUCAAGCUCCUCGUCGACGCCGGCCUAGACUUCAUGGAGAUAAGCGGUGGCUCCUAUGAAGACCCCCGCAUGGUAGGCUACCCGGUCUCCACCAAGGCACCAAAAUCCGACCGCACCGUGGCGCGAGAAGCCUUCUUCUUUGAGUUCGCGAAGGCUGUGCGGGCACAACACCCGAGCCUGGUGUUAAUGCUGACGGGAGGGUUCCGGACCCGUAGUGGUAUGGAGGCUGCGAUCCGAGAUAACGCGUGUGAUCUGGUUGGAAUCGGCAGGCCAGCGACCGUUGAUCCGAAGUUCCCGUUGUUACUACUCGAUGAAAAUAUCCCGAAUGAAAGGGCAGCGCUUCCACUGAAAUUGGUGCCGUUGCCGUUUUAUGCGACUAUCUUGCCGCGGAAUUUAGUUGGUGCGGGUGCGGAGACGACUUAUUACGCGAGUCAAAUUGGGCGUCUCGCAGAAGGUUUGGCAACGUCGGCUCCUCUGUAG